GUAGCUGACUGGUCACCCUGCCACCCAGCGCUCACACCCUCUGGCAGGUGCCUGGCUAUGGCCCGACUGCUCCGGGCUGCAACCUGGGGGCUGUUCCCCUGGAGGGGCUACUGCUCCCAGAAGGCAAAGGGCGAGCUCUGCAGGGACUUCGUAGAGGCUCUGAAGGCCGUGGUGGGCGGCUCCCACGUGUCCACUGCCACGGUGGUCCGAGAGCAGCACGGGCGCGAUGAGUCGGUGCACAGGUGCGAACCUCCCGAUGCUGUGGUGUGGCCCCAGAACGUGGAGCAGGUCAGCCGGCUGGCAGCCCUGUGCUACCGCCAAGGUGUGCCCAUUAUCCCAUUCGGCACCGGCACCGGGCUUGAGGGUGGCGUCUGCGCUGUGCAGGGCGGCGUCUGCAUUAACCUGACGCAUAUGGACCGAAUCCUGGAGCUGAACCUGGAGGACUUCUCCGUGGUGGUGGAGCCGGGCGUCACCCGCAAAGCUCUCAACCUCCACCUGCGGGAUAGCGGCCUCUGGUUUCCCGUGGACCCAGGUGCGGACGCCUCUCUCUGUGGCAUGGCGGCCACCGGGGCGUCGGGCACCAACGCGGUCCGCUACGGCACCAUGCGGGACAACGUGCUCAACCUGGAGGUGGUGCUGCCCGACGGGCGGCUGCUGCACACGGCGGGCCAAGGCCGGCAUUUCCGGAAGAGUGCAGCCGGCUACAACCUCACUGGGCUGUUCGUGGGCUCUGAGGGGACGCUGGGCCUCAUCACAGCCACCACCCUGCGCCUGCACCCUGUCCCUGAGGCCAUAGUGGCCGCCACGUGUGCGUUCCCCAGUGUCCAGGCUGCUGUGGACAGCACUGUACACAUCCUCCAGGCUGCAGUGCCCGUAGCCCGCAUUGAGUUCCUGGAUGAAGUCAUGAUGGAUGCCUGCAACAGGUACAGCAAGCUGAACUGCUCAGUGGCACCCACACUCUUCCUGGAGUUCCAUGGCUCCCAGCAGGCACUGGAGGAGCAGCUGCAACGCACAGAGGAGAUAGUCCAGCAGAACGGAGCCUCUGACUUCUCCUGGGCCAAGGCGGCCGAGGAGCGCAGCCAGCUUUGGACAGCACGGCACAAUGCCUGGUACGCAGCCCUGGCCAUGCGGCCAGGCUGCAAGGGCUACUCCACGGACGUGUGUGUGCCCAUCUCCCGGCUGCCGGAGAUCCUGGUGCAGACCAAGGAGGAUCUGAACGCCUCGGGACUCACAGGAAGCAUUGUCGGGCAUGUGGGUGACGGCAACUUCCACUGCAUCCUGCUGGUCAACCCUGAUGACGCUGAGGAACUGGGUAGGGUCAAGGCUUUUGCAGAACAGCUGGGCAGGCGGGCACUGGCCCUCCACGGAACGUGCACGGGGGAGCAUGGCAUCGGACUGGGCAAGCGGCAGCUGCUGCAGGAGGAGGUGGGCGCCGUGGGCGUGGAGACCAUGCGGCAGCUCAAGGCUGUGCUAGACCCUCAAGGCCUCAUGAACCCGGGCAAAGUGCUGUGAGGGGCUCUGAGCACUUAGCCCACAAGUUCCAAGACUACGGAGCCCCUGCUCUGGAACUUUUCUUCAUGCCACGGCCCCUGCAAGGGAAUAGACAGUAGCUGACGCAGUCUUGCUGCCAGUGAGUCCACUGUAUCUGGGCCCAAGGUCAGAGCGCCCAGAGAGAAGCCUGAGCACCGUGCUACUCCCCGUUCUUCUGGCUGGCUCCAGGAGCCUUUGGUUCAGUAAACGACCCUGGGUGGUUCCCAGCAAAGCUGCUUCCUCUCUGCUUCUACGCAUCCUGUCCUGGCUGGAAGAGACCAUCUGGGUCCACUCAAGACUCUGAUGACACUCCUCCCCUGAGGCCUCCCACUGCUGGGGUCCCAGGACCCUUCCCUCUUCACCUGGUGACAGGCACUCCUUUCCUGGUAUGGGACGUGAGCUCCCGUGCCAUGCUAGUAGGUCUUCUCCUUGGAGCCUCCCCCAAUAAAUCUGGAAUAAACCUGAAACCCACCUGCAGCGA